GUUUUCAACACAUGAACCUUCAAUUUUAAAUACUUUUACAAUUAAUGAACAGCCGCAUACAAGUCUAAUCAUUGUUUCACACAAUCCCUCUCGAUGCUUAUCAUCUUUUUAUUUUUUCAAUAGCCAGAUAUUGCGAAGUUCAUUUUUAAGCAAGUUAUUCAUUGCCUACUUUUCAUGCAUACAAAACAAAAAUAGAUCACGAAAGCAAUUUUCGAAAAUAAAAUGUCACUUCUAAGACCUGCCCCUGGGUCUGCUGAUAUAAGCGCUUACAGAGAUCAGCAUUUUAAGGGAAGUCGCUCUGAACAAGAAAGACAGCUACUUGAAAGCAGCACACUUUAUGUUGGUAAUCUCUCCUUCUACACCACUGAGGAACAGAUACAUGAACUCUUUGGCAGAUGUGGGGAUAUAAAGCGCAUCGUCAUGGGCUUGGACAAAGUCAGAAAGACUCCCUGUGGAUUCUGUUUUAUGGAAUAUUACACGCGAGCAGAUGCAGAGAUGGCCUUGCGGUAUGUGAAUGGUACCCGACUUGAUGAUAGGAUCGUGAGAACAGACUGGGAUGUUGGUUUUAAAGAGGGACGGCAAUAUGGUCGUGGGAAAUCUGGAGGACAGGUUCGAGAUGAGUACCGAUCGGACUAUGACGAAGGACGAGGAGGUUACGGAAAAAUUGUUGCCACAAAAAUCCGACCCCGCGAGUCAUUGUGACGAACCUGUGGGUGAUGCAAAAGUCUGGAUUAAGGAUGAGCAGCUUUUCUGAUUGCACUUGGAUUAGAAACAGACAAUCUCUUUUUUUAAAGCUUAGGGUGGUUAUAGCUGCCGCAUAUUUUUGGUGACCUAUCUUUUACAAGUGUUAAAUUGGAUCUUGGAUUUCUCAUGGUGCACUGAUGAUGUUGUUUUUCAGUAAUUGAAUACAUGUGGGUAGUGCAUUAAGAAACAUAUUCAAUUUACUUGAUGUUUUGUAUCCUAUUGUGAAAAAUAUUUUAUCUAUGACAAAUAGUUUGUGUUUCCGCCAGGCAUCUGUGAUGGCUCUUCUAUGUCAUUAGAGAUUUGCUCAUAUGGAAGAUUGUAUCGUAUAUUCUGAUUAUGUGUUGAUGUAUUUAUGUCUACUUGUAUUAUAUCGCCUUGUCGUGUUAAAAGACCACAUAUUACCAAAGUUCUGUUGACUUUUCUACUUUAUCAAAUGAAUUUGCAACUUAGUUGAACAUGCAAUAUCAACUUCAACCUGAUUUUCAACAAAACUUCUGACAUAACAUUAACAAUGUGUGAUGUGAAUGCUUACCAAGUCAAUAUAACAUAGGUCGACAAGACUAAAUUAACACAACAAUAGUAUAUACAAUAUAUGCGUCAAUACGCAACAUAUUAUUCACAGCAUGUACAUAGAUAUCAUGAUCAUGGUAAACUGAAUGUAUUUUUUAUUAUACUGUAAUCAGUGGUUUUUCUGAUGCAGAAAACACUGACUCAACUUUCAAGCCAAAAACUGCAAUUUUGAACUGACUGUUCACUCCUUUGACCCAUUAACAUAAAUCAUUAAAAUGUCUCUUGGGUGCAAAAAUAUACCGAGACCGUCCAGGCCCCAAUUUCUCGAAACUUCUUAAGUCCCUUAUAACAGGAUUAAGCUAAUCUCGCUAUUUAUGUUGUUCUAUAAAAUGUGUUAUAUUUACUUUCUUCAAGAAUUUUUAGAAAUUAUGUAGGAAUAAUCUGUAUGAUUUUCAGAAUAAACCAUUUUUCAUUUAUCAAAAUCCAUUUUCAGUAUGUAUGUAUGUAUGUUUAUUGAAAAAAGCGACUUAAGCCUGUUAAGCUUAAGAAGUUUCGAGAAACUUGGGCCAGGGCUUCCAUUAAGAAUUUAAAACUGGAAAUACAAGCUUCCUGUUCAUCAAUUUUAGAUUUUUCACUGAAAUUUGGAAGUUUAAGUCUCCCAAAUACAGUAUCUUUUUCCCCAUAUUUUUCAACUAGUAUGUUAAAAAUGAAACAAUUAGCAUCUUUAACUUGCCAAAUUCACAAACUUAUAUUAUAAUAAUUCAUUUUACUUAAAGACUGAUCGUAAUUGUGACUAUUGAAGUAAUAUUGACACCAGGUUUUGAUAUUUUGAACUUCCAAGCUUUCAACUUUGGAAGUUUUCUACAAAAUUAUAGAAGUUUUUGUACUUUCGAGGAAUCACUUUUGGAAGUUUAAACCCAUUUCCUGGGAGUUAUUUACUUCCAACCUUCCUUUAAUGGAAGCCAUAAUGCUGAAAUAAAAUAACGUUUUAUUAGCUCGACUAUUCGAAGAAUAGGUGGGCUAUACUACUCGCCCCAGUGUCGGCGUCCGGUUAAAGUUUUAGGGCAAGUUGAUAUUUUCACUUGUAUGUCCAAAACCCUACAUUCAAUUGACUUAAUACUUCACGCAGUUGUUCAGGGCCAUCACAUGAUGAGGUUAGAUAACUCCAUAUUAUUCUUUACACAGAUUAUGGCCCCUGAUUGACUAUGGAACUUAGGUUAAAGUUUAAGGGCAAGUUGGAAUAUUUAUUAAUAACUUCACACAGUUGUUCAGGACAACUCCAUAUUAUCCUAAAUACAAGUUAUGGUCCCUGAUUGACUUUAGUUAAAGUUUUAGGGCAGGUUAAAGUUUUAGGGCAAGUUGGGAUUUUCACUUAAAACUCCAAUACCAUUCAUUCAAUUGACUUAGGUUAGAUAACUCCAUAUUAUUCUUUACACAGAUUAUGGCCCCUGAUUGACUAUGGAACUUAGGUUAAAGUUUUAGGGCAGGUUGGGAUAUUGUUUAAUAACUUCUAUACCCUUCAUUCAAUUGACUUAAUACUUCACUCAAUUGUUCAGGACCAUCAACCAAUGAGGUUACAUAACUCCAUAUCCUUAAUACAAGUUAUGGCCCCUGAUUGACUUGGGUUAAAGUUUAAGGCAAGUAAAAGUAAGGGCAAGUUGGGAUUUUAAUAAAAAAAACUUCUAUACCGUUCAUUAAAUGCACUUAAUAAAAUUCAAAAUUAUUUACGACCAUCUUACAACAAGAAACAACUCCAUUUUAAGCCUAAAUACAAAUUAUGGCCCUUGAUAUUUUUUUUUUUUUUAAUUUCCUUUGAAAGGCAUAAUUGUAUAUUCUUAACCACAUUUUCAUAAUGGGAAAUCAAGUUAUUUGAAUGACUUGCGUCAUUGUUUGGGCGGGCUGGUGGGAGGGCAGCAUCAAAGUCACCUUAUGUAUCGAAUAAUUUUAGUCAGGUUUGACAUAAAGAGACCAAACUUGGUAUUAUUACAUCGUUAUUGUAUUCUUAGUCAAAGCGGCAUAGUCGAGCUCGCUGUCUUACAACUGCUCUUGUUAAUACAACAAUUACAUAAAUGAUAUAAUGUUAUCACCAGUAUUAUUACUGGUGUUUGUAAUUCUACAUAAAUGAUAUAAUGUUAUCACCAGUAAUUAGUGUUUGUAAUUCUUUGGUCUACUGGUCAGCCGUGGAGGGUGAUCAACUUAAACUCAGAAGAAGACAGGGUCAUGUCACAGGGGCCGGAAACAAAUUAUUUUUGUUUAUUUAAGCCUAUAUGUAUAUAUAUAUAUAUAUAUAUAUAUAUAUAUAGAAUGUAAGAAAAUAAUUUGUUUCUGCCCCCUGUGGGUCAUGUUAAAAACUAUUGUCUACUACAUUGUACAAUGUAUGAUGAAAAUAAAUUGAAUUUAGAUUUAUGUAUUAAUCAUUUCCUGUAACAUUGUUUCAUCACAAUUGUUCUGUUUUCAUUGAAAAUAAACACAAUAAAAACAAUUUUGUGUU